UAUCCACCUGCAGCUCUGACUUGUCCGCCUCGGAGCCACUACAGCAUCUGCGCACGGACCUGUGAUGGGGGCUGUGUCCAGCCUACCAGCCCUGCUCACUGUUCUACCCAAUGCUAUGAGGGCUGUGAGUGUGACCCUGGAUUCAUUUUUGACGGCACAGACUGUGUGUCUCAGGACCACUGCGGCUGCUUUCACAGUGGACGCUACAUCCCUGUUGGGGAGGCACUGAUCCUGCCUGGCUGCCAGGAACGCUGUAUAUGCUUGCAUGGUCAAGGCCUCCAGUGCCAGCCCUUUUCCUGCCCACAGGGCACAGACUGCAUCCUGGAUGGGGGUGUGCGGUGGUGUGAGCCCAGGGAGGGUGCUACAUGUCGCCUAGUGCCCGGGGGCCUCUUCACCACCUUUGAUGGCUUCAGUGGGCUCACACCCAUUCCUGUUAUGUCCUGUGCCUAUGAGCUAGCCACAUUGGUGGGUUCCAGGCCCCAGGAUCCUGACUGGUUCCAUGUCAUUGCUGACUUCCUGCCCUGUCCUAGCUGCACUGCUCUCAAACCACGAGUGAUCAUCGGCUUCAGGGAUGGCUGUGCAGCUGUGGGAACCAAUCAGGAAAUAUGGGUGAAUGGACAACCCGCCAGCCUCCCGGCGCAAGUGUGCAGGGGCGUGGUCGUACGCUGGGCUGAGGGCUCCCAAGUUGUUAUCGAGCGGUCCCCCAUGCUGCGGGUGCUGGUGGGGCCCGAGGGGGCUGUGUCCCUACGGGCCUCCCCCGCGCUACGAGGACGCCUCCGGGCAGCCUGCGGGAACUACAACGGAAUUGCAGCCGACGACCUGAUACUCCCAGGAGGACUCCGGGAUGCCAGCCUAGUCGACGUGUUCCAGGCGUGCCGGGUUCGGGGCUUCAACAACUGCACGGAGAAGCUUGUUAUUCCACCGUCUCUCUGAUGGUCUUCCCACAGCACGGAGAAGCUUGUUAUUCCAGCCGUGACCCAACACUUCACCGUCUGACGCCGUACCUCAGCGUGUGCCCAGGGCUGGGACUCGUCCACCCCCCCACUCCCCCAUCCUCGACGCACACCUGCCCUGGGGAUGGGAACCCACGGACCUUCCUGAGACUGUUUUAAUAAAUAAUUUAUGACCAAAA